AGACUCCCGCUCUCUCUGCACUCAUAUAAGACAAGGUUUCAGCUGCUGCUUGACAUUUUCCUCCAGUUUCAUCUCCAGAAAGAAGAAACUUCAGAAUGAGCGGAAGAGGCAAGACCGGAGGAAAGGCCAGAGCCAAGGCCAAGACUCGCUCCUCCCGCGCAGGACUGCAGUUCCCCGUGGGCCGUGUCCACAGGCUGCUGCGCAAAGGCAACUACGCGGAGCGUGUUGGUGCCGGAGCCCCCGUGUACCUGGCGGCCGUCCUGGAGUAUCUGACCGCUGAGAUCCUGGAGCUGGCUGGAAACGCUGCCCGCGACAACAAGAAGACCCGCAUCAUCCCCCGUCACCUGCAGCUGGCCGUCCGCAACGACGAGGAGCUCAACAAGCUGCUGGGUGGAGUCACCAUCGCUCAGGGUGGAGUUCUGCCCAACAUCCAGGCGGUGCUGCUGCCCAAGAAGACCGAGAAGGCCGCCAAGGCCAAGUAGAGCUGCUGGCCGUCAACACUGCUGGACCUCAGACCCACAAAGGCUCUUUUAAGAGCCACUCACCUCUAACCUUCAGAGUGAUACACUCCUAUGAUUUUAAUUUAAUUUUAAGGUUUGUGAUAAGAUACUGCAUAUUAUGGUAUCGAUCUAAUGGUGUUAAAAAAGAUCGCCCCCUCUCUCCGGUAUGGACAGCGAUACUUUUAACUUUGUAGCAUCAAACCUCCGACCUCUAGGUUUUUCUUUAUCCUUCGGAUUAAUCUAUUCAAACUUAAGAUGGAAUUUCAACAAAAUUUAUAGGAGUCAACCAAAUUUAUCUUAAGUUGCAAUAAUUUAUCAUUUGAGAGGAAAUUAAAAUAUUCAACAUAUCAAAUUGUUGCAGAUCAUCUCUGAUCGAUGUGCCCACCUAUAUCAUAAAACAAACUUUAAUAAACCUUAAAAAGCACAAUGUUGAAAAUGUUGUAGUUUUAUUUUUUGACUGGACAAUUUAAGCUCAUACUUCUCAAAUUUAACUCUUUAAUGCAUAUUAAUUUUCCAUUUCAGGAAACUUUGUAAAAGCUCACAAAGACGCAGGUAAAACAUGCAACAUGAAAAUUCAAAUGCAACAAGCAGGAACACAUAGAAAUACAAGUUAGAUGUGUAAUUCUUUAAAAAAUAAGUUUGUAUU